GCGGCGCUGAUUGAUGACGUCACGGCGGCGCGGGGCCGUCCGGGAGCGCCGCAGGAAUGGAGGAACGGGAGCGGCUGUGCCGGGAGAUCCGAGUGCUCCAGGGUCUCAUCAACAGCCACAGGAACAUGCACGGCAACGCCCCGCGCCCGGCGCCGUCGGCUCCUCCGAGGUGGAGCAACCCCCACCAGCCCGGCUACACCAGGAGAGGAGCCUUUUCCACCACCAGGUACCCCCAGCAGGCUCCCAGGAACUUCCACCCACGCCAGACUCACACCUGGAGGAAAAAAUACUCCCUGGACAACCGGCUGCCGGGAUCGGGGUACGACCUUGGGAGCGCUUCCAGCGCUUCCCAGGGUUUUGGGAGCCGUGGGGACAGCCAGGCUCCUGAGGCACCGGAAUCGUCCCCGGAGAGACACGUGGACUUCACCACGGAUGGGAACAUUGUUGUGGAUAUCCAGAUGCCUCAAAGGGCUGGCCAGGAAAAUGCGGGUCCUUACGGAGAGUUUUCCCGGCGGGAAGCGGCGGCGGCUCCUUCGGGGGAUGAGAAUAGCCAGAAAUCUCUUCUCCAGAAGGAGGAGAAAAGACCUUCCCUGUCCAUUUCCUUCAGUUCCACGUCAAGGACUGUGUGCCUGCCUGGAAGCGGAGCUGGGAGCUCCUUUUCCGCCUCUGGAAGCAGCAGUGAAAGCGCUGUGGCAUUAAAGUCGGAGCCACAGAUCCCUUUGGAAUUGCCAGGUCAGGAGCCAGCCCAGCACCUGACACGGAUCAAGGCAGAGCCACCCUCUCCAGGGCAGCCGAGUGGUGGGGAAGUCCGGGAUGCUUCCCUACAUCCCAAACUCUUUGGGAAUGCCGAGACGCUCUCUCGACCUGCUCAGGCUGGGGUGACUUCCUUGAAGAGCAGAUUUCCCGUAAUUCCCAAAGCUCCUGCUCUCCAAAAAGCUGCCUCGGCACCCGUCUCCAGCAAAUCUCAGAAAUUCAGGAAGAACAACUACACCUGGGUGGCAAACCCUGGGAAAAGCUCUCGGAUUGUGAAGAGGUGGGCGAGCCCUCGAGCUGAGAAUUCCAAGAAGGGCAUUGUGGGGACGGACAAAGGUGCUAAAAUCUCCCUCAAGGUGGAUUUGGGAGCGAAGGUAAAGAAACUGGGAUUGCAAUCCAAGCUGGGGGUUUCUCCCAGUAAAUACAAGUGGAAAGCCUCCAGCUUGCAGACUUUGCCUUCCACUUCCAAGUCAGCAUUCCAGUGGAGAUCCGAGGACCAGAAGAAGCCUCCAGCCCCGAAUAUCCCUCGAGCCACCUCUGUCCCACCCGCUCCCAGCGUGGCAUCUGUUGUUCCCAGUGGGAUGAAAUCCUUUGGAGAGGCUGCAAUGUCCAGCUACAAAGUGAAGAGUCGGACAAAAAUCAUCAAGAGGAAAGGGAAUGUGGGCUCCCCCACGGAUAAGAAGAACAUCUCCCCCAACACAGCUCUCAAGAGCCGCUUCCACCUCCGGAGGAGGAAUUCCAUGAGGGGAAAGCCCUCGGUGACAUCAAAACGCUCCUCGCCCCGGGGCCUGGUGCAGAUUUCCAAGCACCGGCUCUGCCGGAUGCCGGCGGCCAGGACACAGGUGGCCACCAAGGAAGGAUCCAACUUCCACUUCGUAAGGAGCCCCCCGGCCAACAAGGUGAUAAAAACCCGCUACAGAAUCGUGAAGAAGAACGUGGUGUCUCCAGCCUUAUCAUCCUUCACCAGCCCCAUUCCCACCUGGAAGACCAGGCGCCCCGUGACAUCCAGAUCCCUGUUGUUAAACCAAACCCGACCCUCACUCCAAGGUGGCAAAUCCCAGCCUGUCCAACAGCGCUGGAGGAGCAAAGGCCUCCGCUGCAUCGGCGGCGUCAUGUACCGGGUGUCGGCCAACAAACUCUCCAAGACUUCCAGCAGCCCUGUCCGGGCCAGGGACUUGAGCACCAGAACUCCCAUCAGAGCAGCACUGAGAUUGCACUCCACACCCAGCCCUGGGGUCUCUCCACCUGGCCUGAGCAGAUACUCCACGUGCCGAUACAUCGCCAGCCGUGCUGUGCAGAGGAGCUUGGCCAUCAUCCGCCAGGCCAAGCAGAGGAAGAAGAAGAAGGAAUAUUGCAUGUACUACAACCGCUUCGGGAGGUGCAACCGGGGCGAGAGCUGCCCCUACAUCCAUGACCCAGAGAAAGUGGCCGUCUGCACCAGGUUUCUCCGUGGCACGUGCAAGAAGACGGAUGGGACCUGUCCAUUCUCCCACAAAGUGUCCAAGGACAAGAUGCCGGUGUGUUCCUACUACUUGAAGGGGAUCUGCAGCAACAGCAAUUGCCCCUACAGCCACGUCUACGUGUCCAGGAAGGCAGAAGUGUGCCAGGAUUUCCUCAAAGGAUAUUGUCCCAUGGGAGAAAAGUGCAAGAAGAAGCACACGCUGGUUUGUCCCGACUUUGCCAAGAAGGGCGUCUGUCCCAAGGGAGCCCGCUGCAAACUCCUGCACCCCCAGAAGAGGCGUCACCCACAGCGGGUUGGAGGAGAUGGAGAACACAACACCCCCCCUUCCAAGUGGAGACGGAUCCAGGAGGCGUCAGGCAGGAGUGAUCCAGCUCAGCUCCAGGAUGAUGGGGAAGUUCCCGGACCCUCCAGCGCAGAGCAAGAAGUGAAGUUUUUGAAAGAGGAGGACUCCAAGCCGAGCAGCUGCCUGCAGAAGCUGCCAUCCUUCAUCUCCCUCCGAUCCCCGGAAUCUCCCGGUUCCCGGGGCUGCAAGGAGGAGAAGGAUGAGGACGAGCCAGAGGAUGAGCCAGGCAACACCAAAAGGAGGAGGCUUUUGCCAAGGGCAUCCCUGCAGGAUUCCGAGAACUCCCUUGCGGGUGGCAGAGGGAAGCGGCUGCAGAUCAAACCCCGGCUGUGAUUCCAUCCCAAUCCUGUGGCAGCCGACCAGCUCAGGAAGCGGAGAGCCAGGGAAUGACCUGGCACCUACCUCAGGAUGCCAUGUCCACACAUGGCACCCCCCCAAUCCUCCUCUUGCUUUCCCGGGAUGUCCUUUGGGCACGGAGUCGUGUGGCAGCGUGGGAAUACACCGCCCGUUCCCGCAGGGGAGGCGGAUUUGCUCGGAAUCUUUGAAUUGACCAAUAAAUGACCUUUUCAGACGGUUAGUUGAAGGCAAGUCCUGCCACCUCUUUGGAUGCCUGUGGGGCUGGGAAGAGCUUCCCAUCCCCAUCCAUCCUCUGGUGCUGUCCCGGCCACAGGGUGACAGGGGGACCUGAGGUGGUUUAAUGCCAUCAGGUGACAUUCCCAGAUCCAGGUCGGGAUGUACUGGGGACAAAUCAGCGUGCUGGGAUGUACUGGGUGUAAAACCCCCACAGCCCUGAUCCUGCCAUUCCAAGAUCCCAUCCCGCUCCAUCCCCUUGCUCUUGAGGGGAGAUUUGCUGGAUCAUGGGAAUGUGUUGGGAGUGGUGCUGAGAUCACACUCUGCGUUUUGGGGUCUCCCAUGGCCCAGUUGCAACCCUGCCUCUCCCUGUCCCAGCAGGGUUUGAGCUCCAUUGGGAAAGCCGAGCCAGCUCUCCAGGGUUUGGGGUUUUUUGGGACUCUCCAGAUCCAAGCAGGAGCAGAGUGAAAGGAGAGCAUUAUGCCACUGGAACUAUGGGAUUUUGCAUCCAUAGGUACAAUUUCCAAAGGGUUUUGGGGUGGCAGGUGCUGUUCCCCCACACAGAUGCGAUUUGUGGGAUUUGCUCAGCCCUCAAGGCAGAAUCCUGUGGGAAGAGGGAAUCAGAGGGAUUUGGGAGGAACUUGGGCUCCCUGGGGAUGCUGUAUCCAGGUGUGAUCAGAGAUUGGGUGGGAAAUGCCAAUGGGUGGUGGCUUUGGCCCCUAAACGGGUCCCCACAGGGGGUUUCCUUCCCCAGGUGACCCCCAUGGAAGGGUUUUGUCACCAUCCCAAAUCCACAAAAUCCCCCAGGUGCUGGGAGGACCAGCAGAUUCCCACACUGGGAUGUCACCGCUGCCCCAGGGUGUGUCCAGUGAGUUGAUUUUUAAUAAAAACAUCGUGGUUUCUGUUGAUAUGAAAAUGUCUUUUGUUAACUCUCGUGUUUUGAUAUGUAAAUAAAAGUUUCCUCCCCUGGGAUGGAGGAGCCUCCCUGUGGCUUUCCUCCUUUUUUCAGCAGUGCAUGAACAUCCCGUCAAAUAUCCAUCCAAAUCCAGUGGAGGAGUCACUCUGAUCCCUAAAUCCUUGGUUGGUUUUUUUGUUUGUUUGUUUUGUUUUGUGGGUUUUUUGUGGGUUUUUUUUAAUGCUUUUUUUUGUUUGUUUGUUUGGGGUUUUUGUUUGGGUUUUUUUUAAUUAUUAAAACUUUUCACACAGAAAC